UGUAAAGCCCGUAUGCGUGAAAACUAUUAUUUACUUACGGAGAAAAAUUAAGUGAAACAUUUCAGAUUUGUAUAAAUGGAUCAACUGCAAAUAAAUUAUAAAGCAAGCACUGAUACAGUUAUGUCUAUUUUACAGGCGUUUAGUGGUAUAGAUUCCGAUAAGAACACAUCAGAAGAUACCAAAAUAAAAUUUGACUGUAGUCUAGAGAACAUCAUACUUUCGCCCGAAGUAUUUACUCCAAAUUUGAACUGGAUUAAAUUUCUUACAUUUAAAGACUGCUAUGUACAAGAUGGCAUAUCUAGCGGCAUGCUCUCCAAUUUGACAAGUCUUGAAGAGUUUACAGUGGAUGGUGGGAUUGUCGGUCCAUUAGCAUCGAACAUAUUUUCUGGGUUAACAAAUCUUAAAAAGAUAAUAAUAAAUGCCGAUUUUCUCGACACAGUCAUACCUUCUGGACUGUUUACAAGUCUUACUUCGCUGGAAGAAAUAGAUCUGAAAUCCGCCGGCAUUUCAACUAUAACGGCAGACACGUUUACAAACUUAGACCUUCUUACGAAGCUUGACCUCUCUGAAAACUCGCUUACAACAUUACCGGAAGGGCUCUUUACGUCGCUUAUAUCGUUGUCGACAGUUGAACUUGGCACAAACUCGUGGGACUGCACCUGCGAUUUGUCUUGGCUGGUAACAUGGGCUUUAUACACUGGUGUAUCUAUUGACGUGACAUGCACAACACCUUCUGACUACUCUGGUGUUACAUUAAGUAGGGUCGUUGCCUCUCUCGGCUGCAUAAACGCGGUAACAGCGACCACGACAGUGACAGUUGCGGCUAGUAGUGGUUCAGGUAAUUCAUAG